AUGCCCGCCGCCCUCCUGCUGCUGCUGCUGCUCGGCUGCCGCCCCGCCGCCGCCGCCGAGGGCAACGGAGUCCUGAGACCCCCGGGUCCCGGCCUGCAGGGCCCUCCGGGGGCCGCCGAGGCCGCCCCCCCGACGGCCGGGCCCCCCAUGCCGCCCAACGCCUCCCGGGCGGCCGCGCUGCCCAAGGGCUUUGGAGGGGUGGGCGGCGGGCGGCCCCGCUCUGCCUCGCCCCCCAUGUGCACGGGGCAGACGGAGAUCAAGGAGACUUUCAAGUACAUCAACACGGUGGUGUCCUGCCUGGUCUUCGUCCUGGGCAUCAUCGGCAACUCCACGCUGCUGCGGAUCAUCUACAAGAACAAGUGCAUGAGGAACGGCCCCAACAUCCUCAUCGCCAGCCUGGCCCUGGGCGACCUGCUGCACAUCAUCAUCGACAUCCCCAUCAACGUCUACAAGCUACUUGCAGAGGACUGGCCCUUUGGUGUUGAAAUGUGUAAACUAGUGCCCUUCAUUCAAAAGGCAUCAGUGGGCAUCACAGUGUUGAGUUUGUGCGCCCUCAGUAUAGACAGGUACCGAGCAGUAGCUUCUUGGAGUCGAAUUAAAGGAAUUGGAGUGCCAAAGUGGACUGCUGUUGAAAUUGUACUGAUCUGGGUUAUAUCAGUGGUAUUAGCUGUUCCGGAAGCUAUUGCAUUUGACAUGAUUACAAUGGAAUACAGAGGAAAGGAUCUCAGAAUCUGCCUACUUCACCCCACACAAAAAACAUCCUUUAUGAUGUUUUACAAGCAAGCUAAAGACUGGUGGUUGUUCAGCUUUUACUUCUGUUUGCCACUGGCUAUCACAGCACUUUUCUAUACUCUCAUGACCUGUGAGAUGUUACGAAAGAAAAGUGGGAUGCAGAUUGCUUUAAAUGAUCACUUAAAACAGAGACGCGAGGUGGCCAAAACAGUAUUCUGCCUGGUACUUGUUUUUGCUUUGUGUUGGCUCCCACUUCACUUAAGCAGAAUAUUGAAACUCACUAUUUAUGAUCAAAAGGACCCAAAUAGAUGUGAACUUUUAAGCUUUUUUCUUGUGAUGGAUUACAUUGGCAUUAACAUGGCUUCACUGAAUUCCUGCAUCAAUCCAAUUGCUCUGUAUUUGGUGAGCAAGAGAUUCCAAAACUGCUUUAAGUCAUGUUUGUGUUGCUGGUGCCAGUCCAAAGAUCUGUUGUCCCUGGAGGAAAGGCAGUCCUGUUUAAAGUUCAAAGCUAAUGACCACGGAUAUGAUAACUUCCGCUCCAGUAACAAGUACAGCUCUUCAUAA